AUGACGGCGCUGCCCCGCAUUGUAGUUGAAAACGAACCGGCGCGCAUUUAUCACAUUCACACGUUUGGCGGCUGGACAAUCGACAUUGACUUCAACUUGCCCGAAUCGUCGCAACCGGAAUUGGAGCGGCUCACGGCGCUUGUAGGGACGCUCGUGGAAGCCGAAUGUCCAGCGGCAAAGUGCUUUGGUGUGACGGGGGUCGGGGAAGGUAUCGUGUGGAACUGUGUCACCGCUGGCUACACCAACCUAAAGUUCAAAGUGAAGGGCGAAUUGCAUGCCAACCCUGGCCCCACAAUUGGAAAUGGCAAGACAAAGGCAGCCGCAACCCAUCCGGAUGUCGUCCAGUCGAUCCAGGCGUUCGUGGACGAGUAUGUUUCCGAGGCGCGCCUCCAUCAGGGGUUGACCAUUUUGGACGAAAGAGGACUACCACGGUCGUUGAAGUCGAUGGGGUAUUUCAUCAAGUGGGUUCAAGGCGAUGUGUUGAAAGAGGAGGCUGACACGAUUGCUGCGAACGCCUUAAACGCGAGAACGUUGAUUGCCCCCAUCGCUGCCAAUGCGAGGGGCUGGUUUAAGCAAGCUGUCGCAGCCUAUACAUAG